ACCUAAGGGAAAUAGGAGGCCUAUUGAGUAGGUCCAAUUUGUUCUCCACAGGUAAAAGAGGAAGCUAACGGUGUCGUUUUGGGUUCAACAAUGGAAAAGUGAAAACAGCAAUCUAUCUUUUGGCCUUAACUCCUAACGCCUAAACUGAAAAUGAACCCAAAACCCUAAACCACCGCCAAAACCCCUCCCACUGUCUUUACUUUCUUAUACAAAAUCCAAAGAAGGUUAAAGGAUGGCUGCUUUACGUGGAGGCCGAUUCAAGGAGCUCUUGAAGAAGUACGGGAAAGUGGCGCUGGGGGUCCACUUCGCAGUCUCUACAGCCUCCAUAACCGGACUUUACGUAGCCAUUAAGAACAACGUCGACGUCGAAUCGUUGUUCGACAAGUUACAUCUCCCGGGCCUUUCCAAAGACGAAAAGAACCAAAACCCAUCCCCGCAAUCCCCAAACCCAGAUGGGUUUGUGAUGGUAGAACCCACUGAGAAAUCACCGGUGGUGGUUGAGGAGAAAGAAAGGAAUCGAACGGCUGAGCUCGCCGCUUCCACUGGUGGGGCCCUAGCAUUGGCUGUGCUUUGUAACAAGGCCUUGUUCCCAGUUCGGGUUCCGAUCACCAUCGCGCUUACUCCUCCGGUGUCUAGGUUUUUGGCCAGGAGAAGGAUUAUUAAGAACCGUGUAUGAUUCACCUUUUCUUUUCUUUUUUAAUUUAUUGAAUUUUUUUAAAAAAAAGUUCUUUAUUUCCUCAUAUGCUUGUGACACUGUGAAUGGUUUCUUUUGUCAUUUUUGGUGUCGGUUGGCGAAAUUGAGGAAUGGAGAAGAAAGAUGGCGGUAGCUUGUUUAAAGCUACACCUGUUGUUUUUACAUUUGAAAAAGGACAAUAAUUUUUGCAAUAAUAGUUUUACUUAGUACUGUACUA